AUGUUGAAUAAAAUAUCGGAAGAAGUAAACUCUGCUGGUGAAUAUUCAAUAACCAUGGAUUCAACAAUGGAUAUUUCUACUCAUGAUCAGUGUGUCUUUGUCUUGCGAUAUGUCCGAGACACAGUCAAUGAUAAUAUAUCAAGAAUUGAUGUUAUAGAAAGAGUAGUAGCUUUGGAAAAAGCAGUAUCGUCAUCUGGUCAAGCACUUUUUAACUUAUUGAGAAUAACUUUAAACUCAAUGAACGUUAAUUUGAAAAAUUGUAUUGCUGAUGCGUUUGAUGGCGCAGCGAACAUGAAUGGACAAUAUCAAGGCGUACAAGCAAAACUUAAAGAAGUGUCACCUAGACAUAUACAUACAUGGUGCUAUGCACAUAUCUUAAAUUUAGUAUUUCAGCAAACUACUUCAUACUCUGUGACAGUUAUUUCAUUUUUUGGACUUAUGCAAAAACCAUAUGUGUUUUUUUAA